GAGAAAAAGAAGAAGCUGCCUGCUCAUCGUGUAACCUGGACCGCGCGAGAUUUGAGAUUUCGUAAAGAAUAUGGCUGAGAAGAGGAAGGCGGAAGAGGAGCAGGAGGAGGCUGUCACACUGGUGGUAGAGAAGGAAGGCCAGCUGCCAGAGCCGAGUGCUGCGCAAGGGAAAACAGGACCGCGCAAGUCUGCCAAGGAAAGGAAACGCGAGUUCAGGCUGAUGAAGAAGAGACGCCGGAGAGAGAUGGCAUGCUUGGAGCGGGAGGAGAUGGAAUUGGAUAGGUAUCUCAAGUCGUUGGCAGAGCACGUUCAGGAGCAGAUCGAGGUUUUUUUCGCCUCGUUGGAUUAUCUCGUGUGGGACAAGGAGCUGGAGGAAUGGGAAAUGGAAUGACAUUAUGGACGAGGAGAAGGAAAGAGUGCGUCAUCUACCUAACAGACAAACAGAGAAAAUGUAUCAUUCUCGUUGUCAUUGUAAUAUUACUCUUAUUCUGUGUUGUG